AUGGGCCUACCCUACUCCAAACAGAUACACACGGCCUUUGACCAAGUGACGCCCCUCGUCGCUGCCGGAUUUGAGGUCCUGCGAACGACCAAGAAUAUCGCCGUCUUCCUAGCAUUCCUCCAGGUUUUCGUCGCAGUGGUGCUGACCCUCAACCUGUGCGCAUUGCUGGGUUUGAUCAUGACGGUGAAUCCGGAACUCGAGCUGGAGAGGACUCGGAUCGUGACCCCGGUCCUCAAGUGGCUCGCGGGCUGGGUAUUGCAGUAUGCUGGUACGAUGCUGUGGCUUCUCAAGCUCGGGAUCGUGCUGAGUACGGCUGCUGGUGGCGUGGCUGUCUGGCAAGGGAGUCUGGCGGGCACGAGAGUUCCGGGAGAAGGGAGCGAAGGGGUAGAGAGCGAAAAGGGCGGGGAGACUGGGGAGGUUGGCGAUGGUUAG